AUACCUAGCAUCAGCUCAAUGGCUUGUGGCUGGGAGGGAUGCCAAUACGGACCCUAAGCGGCGAUCGCUGUUCAAUAGGCAUUUGGCUGAGACGCUUGGCUUGGCAGAGGAAGCCGCUGACAAGAUUCGUGUCUUUGAGGAAACGCAGAAGAUAGUCGAGACUGACGGUUGCUACUCCUCGGGUAUGGCUAAGAUUGAUAGUUUAGUGAAUAGUCAUAGGUUUAUGGAGGCUUUGAAUACAUUGAAGUCGUGCCGCCAUCGAUUGGAGCAGAUAGAAGCUGUUUUGGUCGAGUCCUGUGAAGGAGAGGGGAGGGAAAGUCCCACGCGGCGAGCGGUUAAUAAUAGCAGGGCUAGAGUAGAUGAGAUGAUAGCCAGAUAUCGAGAGCUGAGCAAAUCGCCCGUAUUACCGUUGAGAGCGGCGGGUUCUAGCAAGCUGAAGAACCCCUUGAAGGCACAGCUGAAACAACAGCAGCAGCAGCUGUCUGUCAUUUCGGAGCCCUCGACCUUAUCGCCUGAACGAGUGUUGACCGCUAAGGAGAGUAGAAUCGUGAUCAGAGGAGGGGAGAUUGGCGGAAUGGAGUUCCCUGAAUGGUCUGACGAUGAAGAUGCUGUUAUACUCGAUGAUAAUGGAGGACGAAUAUUAUCCGGGACUAUGCCUCAAUUCACCAGAAAUAAUGAUGACGUGCUGAACCUGUCACCACAACAAGAGCCUCUUUGCACCAAGUGGGGGCCACUAUCGAGUGCUAGUAUUCCUGCGAGUAAUAAGGAGACCAGAUUCCUCGUCACGGACACCUCGGCUGGGCAGCUAGUGCAGAAUCUC